AUGUUGUCAAAAAAAGCUGUGAAGACUUUGCUAGUUAUGACGGAAUCAAAGAAGCAUCUGGAAAGAGGUCGCUCCUACGUAUUUGACUUCGGAUUGUUAGGGAAUGGUGGUUUAAACUCUUGUCAGGUGUGGGGAAUUGGAUGGGAAUUUCUUAUAGGAGAAAAGAAUAGCUUGAAAUAUGGUUGGGUUAAUGGUGAUGUUGUUGUCCUGGGCCCAGAGAGCGCGCGCCGGUCGCCCGCCGCCUGGCCACCGGCUGGGGCGGCUGGCCCCGCUCCGCGAGGCGACGCGACGCGUCGGGGACGCAGGCCGCGCCGCCCACAGUGCUCGUCGGCGCAGCGCAGCGGGCGGAGGUUCGGCGGCGACGCAGCAGCCAACAACCAGCAGCUCCCCGAGACAGCGGGCGAACGCCUGCGCUCCAGCACGUGCCAAUCGCUGGCGCAGGUGGCGCUCCUGUGCGGGCUGCGCGCGACGUCCCUCGCUUUUUCCCUCCGUGCCGCACGUGCCCCCUCGGGCGCGUUGCCCUCCUCCGGAUCAGGCGAGCCCGGAGCGGGAUCUUGUUAG